AUGCCGGAAGAGGAUGGAUUCAGCGGACGAGGAAUCUGCUGCCGACAAGUUUUUCCACGAAAAGGCUCCAAGCAAGACCCACAGGCCGCUGCAGGGCUUGCGCUGAACAAGAUGUUGGUGGUUGGAGCAGCCAUCGUUGACCCCUCAGCGCCAUCGGCGUCCGCUAAGCUCGCAGGUCCAAAGUGCGCCAUUCGGCCCCAAAUGCAGCCAGCGAACAAAAACACCGCAGGCGCCUUGGGCGUCCUGACCCGGGCGGUGGCCGAGAGUGGAGACGACCUGGGAGGGCUCUCUCUUCUCGGUGCAAAAGCCCCAACCUGGUGUCCGAGAUUGCCCUUCCUAAUAACGACCGUAACCCGGUGGACGAUGGCUCCUUGCCUGAGGCAGUACGAUAACCUGCCACCAGCUUCCCGAACAAGCACGCCGUCAAACCGAGCGCUGCGCGAACCCGUCCUCAGCGCGGGAGAGAUGGUUCGCGCUACGGAGGCCCGUGCGGGCUGA